GUCAGUGCGUUUUGCUCCGCAAUUCUUCUAACGUCAGUCACCGUGAGCAGUCGUCUCUAUUUCUCCGCAGUGUAUGAUCGUUCUCAACGUUGGACCACAUUGACGUAAGGUGCUUGUUUUCUUGAGCUAUAAAUAACUAUGGAUCGAAAUAAAUUAGGUAUGGCAAAAAAUGUAUUCUUUAUCAUUGAAAUUGAGGUUUAUGGAUAGAUAUAUAUAUAUAUAUAUAGAGAGAGAGAGAGAGAGAGAGAGAGAAAUGGCACAGCGUUGCUGAGAAAUGGCAGCAGAAGAUGCGACCAAUAAUUUUAUCAGGGAUCCUGAGCUACGCUUGUCGCAGUUUCUGUAUGUUGGGAAAGAAUAUGCUGACUACCAUCCUGGAAAUUGGUUUGUCCAUGAUUAUUUCCGGGCCGUCAAUAUUAUGUCCAUAUUAGAAUUAGCUGAAAAUCCCAAAAAGCAAUUGAUACCAAUUGAAUUAAUCACAAAGGCAUUUGACAGUGGUCUUGUCCCGUGUCCAGAGACUUUAGUGUUUGCUCUGGCCGUUUGCUGCAGACAAAUUCAAAGUGAGAAAUUACGUCAUGCAGCAUACAGAAGUGUAGGAAAGAUCUGUGCAUCACAGCAGUACCUCAUGCUGUUUGUCAAAUUUGUUUCCAAACUGAGCAAACAGAAGGAGCUGGCUGCAGAUGACAAUGCUAAAAGCGGAUGGGGUAAUGGCCUCAGAAAAGCCAUUAAUCAAUGGUACUUGUCCAAAGAGCCAUUGGACUUGGCAAAGUGCAUCACAAGAUGCAGGAGUAGAUAUGGCUGGAAACAUAAAGACAUUAUUAAACUGUCUCAUCCUGUAGCUAAUAAUCCAGAAAUGGGAGCAGUACUGCAAUAUAUAAUACACGGUAUGAAACGUACCAGAGCGUCUCUGGAGAAGGAACCUGAUAAUCCAAAAAUUACCGAGAUCAUGGAAUAUAUACAAAAGAUCGAAGAUUUUAAACACUGCGAAGACGAGGUUCGUGCUGCUGCCUUGCUAGAAGCAUACGAAUUAUCACUGGAUCAUGUACCCGGACACUUGUUAACAUCCAAAGAGAUUUGGAACGUAUUGAUAUCAUUAAUGGAUAUGGUCACACUUCUAAACAACUUGCAAAGAAUUCACAAUCUCGAAAUACUCAAACCAGAUGCACCGGCGGUUGGGAUAAUAACAGAACAGCUUGUUAAUGAGGAGCGUUUAACACGAGAUAAAGUUCAUCCUGCGUUGGUUUUGAUUACCAUCAGGAAUUACGAAAAUUCUGGAAAACCUCUCAGCUACGAGAAACGAAAGGUCAAGGAACAGGCAAAGAAACCUCCUCCGCCACCGCCUAAACCGAAUUCCAGAAUAAUUGAUGCUUUGUACAAGACAUUGAAUUUGUCAUUUUCACAUCUGCAACCCACUGGUUUGCGUUACAUGGUGACGAUCGACAUGAACAAGGUGAUGCUGGACACGCGCGCUUGGCACAACGCCAAUCUAACCGGCGCUGAGGCUGGCUGUAUGAUCGCACUGUCGCUCGUUCGAUGUGAGAAGAACGUCACUGUGGCUACAUUCAAGAACGUCGGAGUACACACAGUGAACAUCGACAAGACGGCAUCCUUCGGCCAGACCAUGCGAAGACUGUCGCAGAUGCCUGUCGGAAAUGUCAACUUGGCUAAACCGAUGUCGUGGGCCGCACAUCAAAAUAAUAAAUACGACGUCUUCAUCAACAUCGUAGACCAAGUGCUCGCAAAGUCCGACACAUCUGAGGAAUCUCUGAUAGCAUACAAAACAAAAUUAAAACUCCCACACACAAAGCUAAUUAAUUGUGCUGUAUGCUCUUCCUCGACAUAUUAUAAAGCGAAUCCUGACAAAAAUAUUCUAACGAUCAACGGCUUCGACGAGACAGUACCUACUGUUAUCAAGGCGUUCGCUAAGUCUCUAUUCUAAACGGAAAAACGUUUAAUUUUUACUGGAGACUUUCCUCGACAUCUUUUCCUGGGAAGAACGAAGAAAUAUUCGACUAGGAAAGAAAUUGAUCUUGUUAAAGCAAAUUUCCACGUGAAAGUGAAAACACACGGCCAGUUCAAGAAGCCGACAAUGGGAUUAUGGAUUUUCCUGCAAAAAAUGUAUUCAGUAGAAUCAAAUUACGACGAACUGAGUACGAAUACAGUCGGAGAAAAGUUACGAGGAGCUUUCGCAGAUUACUUAAAACAGUGCCGAAUUUUGAGAUUCAAACUGUCUCGCCUUUUUUACCAGUUCCGAAUGUCGGCUCGUUUGCACACUCAUGACUGAAUCAAAUUAUUUAACUUCGCUAUAUGUCUCUGAUCAUUUUAAGGUCGAACAGAGAGACGUUUUUAGAACGUACGGUAGAUAGAUGACGAUGAAGAUCAUUAUCAAGAACAUAGUGUAAGUGAUCGUGCAUCAUUAUUGGCACGUCGACAGUUAACAUUAAUAUUUACUGCAUGUUCUUAGCGUUAGGAAAGAGCUGUGUAGCAUUUUCCUUUUAUUUGUUAACAGCAUAUAAAAAGGAUCGGAUAUUUUUUUACUCCGGUUUGGACUUUCGACGAUACUACUUAAACGUAACUCGGCGAUCUUAUUUUUUCAACGAAACAUUAUAGCACAGUGUUGUGUCGACCUCAUCAUAUAAGCAAUAUAGAUUAGUUAAUAUGGACCAUUUUUUAUUAAGCUGUUGCAUAUGAGUUCUUGUGUGAAGUCUUGGAAGCCGUCAGAGUGCAUAUUUCCUUAAUAAAAUGUUCUCUUCAUUUCUUUUUUUUUACAAUUAUAGAUUUUAAUUCUUAGCUGAAAUUUAUAAUUUUUCCAAAUUCAAUUUCUCUAAAUAUAAUUAAAUAUAAAAAGGAAGAAGUCAAACUUCCAUUAAGUUUAAUUAUUUAUAAGAAUAACUAAUGAUAUUUCUUUAGAUUUCAUUAGUGUUUCUGUGAGAAUUGAUAUUUCAAGAAGCUAAAAUAUCAUAUGCAACUGCGUAAUAACCUCUCACGUUUUAAAAACUACAAAAAGAGAAGAGUACAAUUCAAUAGUCCUGUGUUUCAAUAGUCCAUAUUACGUAAGACGCACUACGCAGCAAAAAAAAUUAGGAUAAGACUGCAUAACGGAUACGGGAAUACGUAUCUCAAGUAAUCUAACGGUGCAUUUUUUGACUAAUGGUAAAAAAGAAAAAGUCUUACCUAAUAUUAUAUUGCUUGCUUGUUUCCACUGGUUGACAGCGAUGCUUCUUCGUAAUAUAGUGCAUGAUAGAUUUUUAACGUGACCUUGAAAAGGCAACACACUUCUGGAACCGUGGUGCGCUUCUGGACGGUUAAAUAAUAAUCUAAAAUAAGUAAAAGAAAAAAGACAAAAAAAGAAGAAAGAAAGCGAACGACGAGGAAGAUGAUGAACAUAGGAACGUUGAAAAUUCUCCCACUGUGAUAUGCAUUUAGCCCCAAAGAGUUAUAGACUUACAUUAGUAUAAUUUUACUGUUACUAUCUCAUAUUUGCCAUAUCCAAAGUGAAUGCGAGACAAAUACUAAAUACACUACUGAAUAAUACUGUGAUACGAGAUACAUUGUUGUUGUUCAAACUAGGGAAAUGGUAUUUAAGCGACGCGACCAGAAGCGCACCGCGUUUAUAAUAUUUGUUGAAUUAGUCUCUGCGCGUGUUAGACCGCGUGAAUUUUCCGUUGAAAAUUCUGCAACUCGUAUUUCGAAGAAAAGAAUGUAUUUUUUCGAUUCGCGGAUUACCAUCCCUCAGUUUUUCCCUUUGUACUGUAAUUAUGAGCCCUCUUUGUGCGCACAUUUCCUUGUUACGGUACGACAACAAUCGAAUAGAUUGUUUUAAGAAAUUUAUAACUUUUUUACAGAAAACUAUUGCAUGUAUAGUUAUUCUUUUCAUUAUAAAAUAUCAGUAGCCUAAAUUAAAAACAAUUCGAAGGAUGUUCACGAUAAUUUAUUCAAUUUUAAUAUUUUUAGAGCAUAUAUUGUAUGUUAUAUAUUUUCCUAGAGACUAAAUAACUUCGAAAUUUCAUUUGUUAUAAACGUAUUUGACUCAUUGUUAAAAAAGAUGCCUAAACUAUCAUGUAGAAAAUUGUUUAUCAUUCGGUAAUCUGUGGAUCGAAAGUUAUCGAUGUGAAUUCUAUUUCAAUAUAUGGUGUUCCGAAAAAAAGUAUAUGAAUAGGCUAUUCUUUAAACGAUCUACCUUCGAUCUACUCUUAAUGAUUAUAAAGUCGAGCUAGUUAUUAAAAACUACAAUUGUACUACUGUUGGCAAAUCGAUCUUACGAAAAGAAUUGAUUUUUUUAUUAUCAAUUGUCAAGAGACAAUUAGAGAUAAGUUGAAUUUUCUCAGAGUCCGAUUGUGUAUUUAUCAGAAAAGAUACGUAUCUAUUUCGAGGCGCAUUCAUGUAAAACGAUUAUAGCAAACUUCUUAAAAACGUUGAACGUGUAUUCAAACUUGUAUAAAAAUUCCAAGCGGAGUCGUAAUGCGUUUUACCGACGUAAGUUAGCGUAAGAAUUUUGCAUUUUAAAAGAAAACUCACAUGAAUGAUUUUUAUAGUCUCGUUUGCGCGACGUCUCUCUCUCUCUCUCUGUUUAAAAAAUUUUAUAUGAAUUAUAAUUUAUCAUGUGUGUAACAGUAUCUAUUAGACGGACUGUUCCUAAUCGAACUUCGUGUUUUGCAAGUCUAUUGCGCUUAGAGAAAUUAUUUAUAUAUUCACUAUAUACAUACGUGAAAGCACUUACACACACAUGACAUACGCGCAUCUCAUGUUCGCAUCGUUUGGCGUCAGUAACGUCACAUUUUUUUACGCGUAAAUUUCCGACGCGAGGGCGGAACUUCUUCGGGAAACGAAACGUCUAGUUUAAUUAGUAAUUCGAGAGUUUAAGAAUAUAUAUGCUACGAUUAUACUAGUAGCUCAAUGUAUUCGCUGGCAUUAGCAAGUAGGCAUUACAAGUAUUUGUAUAUGUACGGGAGUGCGUUACAACCAGAGAGGAUUCGUUGGAGAAAAACCCCUUUCUUCAGAUACAAUCAGGAACAAUCGAUCUACUUGAUCCUAAACUCAAUCAAUUCUGACAUCAAUCCAAAUAACUCAAAUAGUUCCUUUCAAAUUUUGUAAAAGUGUUAAGGCUCUUUGUACGCCAUGAGAAUUAAAACCGCUGAUUCCUCACUGCGAUCAUUUUAAUUGAUGACAUCAGAAAUACACGUUCAAAAUUCUAGUAAAAUAUAUUCAGAUAAAAUGACACGUCCAUCAAAUGAUCGAUUGAGCAGAUUUUCAAGUACUUCAAAAGUUGUCUUGUUUUAAUAAACAAUAAAUAAAUAGCCGUAAAAUUAGCAAGAUGUGUAUCUACUUUGACAUAUAUUGACACUAUGACUAUUUUUCAAUUGCAUCAUUUUGUUACGUUGAUUUUAUAGCUAUUUACUGAUUAACAAGAUUUUUUACAAAUCUGCUCAAACGAUUGCGUCGUUUUUUUGGGCAUGUCUUUUUAAUAAAAUGCAUUUUGCAAGAAUUUUGAACGUGUAUUUUCUUACUUCUGAUGUUACUGGCCAAGACACAAGAUUACAAGGAAACAGGAAUCUUAAUUAUUCAAGCAACGCUAUACAUGCUUUGCGAGAUUCAAACUCGAAUUCCUCUCGGGUUGUGAUGCACGACAGAUCUAUGUAUUCGCUAAUUACUAUAUAAAAAUACGUCCGAAGUACACGUAUAGACUGGCAGACGAAGGAGAAAAUGGAAAAAAAGAGAAAAAAAGGAACAGACGUUGGAGGAGAAAGCAGUAUGAGAGUCAAGUACAGGCAAAACCUGAAGAGAACCGUACACUUCUCUCUACUGUACUGUUAUUUCACAGUCCGUUGAUUUCAGGAUGCGCUGUAUGAUUGAAUAAGGCGAUGAUAAAGAGGAACAUAAAAAAACGAAACAAUAUGUUGAAUGUGUUCAUACUAGAGAAAGAGGACAAAAAAGAUGAAUAUUUACCGCGUAAGAGGAAAGAGGAAUGGGAGUAAAAAUUCCGUAUUAUUACAUAGUUAUUAUAACGUGGAGAAAAAGAAGAGGAGAAUGUAACGGGGAAUCGAAAGACCAAGAUGGAAGAAGAUUCAAAACACACAUAGGCACCAAGUGCACGUGCACGUGUCAUAUGGCAACUCGAUUGCGCUACAUUCUGGCAUUUCGCGAUACUUACGACGAAGAGGAAACGUAAAAUCAGCCUCGUCGCCGAAGUUCCGGGCUGACCGUUGAUUUUGACCGGGAAGCGUGUGAAAAAACCCAUUUAUCCGACUCGUACGUAGUGUUCCACGCGUCACUCGGGCACGCAUUGAUCAUUAACUGUCGCGGUGCAAUCCGCAAUUCAUUCGCGAAGUCUGCAUAGGACUAAGUGCUUGCGACCAUGUUGACUAACAUGCCGGUUAAUUAAUCCUGGUUGAUCCUUCGUUACGGCUAGAGGGGACACGAUAUAUGAAAAGAAGUAACAUUAUGUGAUUAUAAAAUUUCUAUCCAAAUUGCGGUGCUCUCGAAAGAGCCUUCGUCUUUAUAUUAAAUUAGGGACCAGGAAAAUCCGUUUACUAUGAAAAUACUUACGUACCCAAUUUGCAUACGGCUUGUUGCAAUUUCACUUUGUCUACACACCAUGGCCUUUUGUACACCGAUCGUUCAAUUUGCAUAUCAUUUACGUAGAGAGAAUAUUAUAGUUUCUCUUUCUAUAAAUUCUUUACUUUUACAAUAUUUGUAGUAGCGCAGGAAUAGACUGUCAGUAAAGUCCAUCUUGUUAAGGAGCAUAGUAAAUUUCACUAGAACAAAUUUUUUAAUAGCACAUUUCAGUUCUUAAAAUAUAAGUAGCAUAUAUGAGAUAGAAGGACAGUCAAUUACGACAGAAUGUCGAUUUAUUCCUCGGUUACAAAAUUCUAUAAUAAUUUUUACUACAAAAUUUUUUCUGUGUUAUGAUUUUAUAAUAAAUCAUCUUUAUUUCGAUAAUGCGUGUAUUAAAUUGGUAUGACAUGCCUUUUUGAUGCGUGUUAUAUCAGUUUGGUACACCGUUUUUUUGCAUGCAUCAUCGAAAUUAAAAUAAUUUGAUAGACGAUUAUUUCAUAUAUAAAUAACGUAUUAAACGACUAGUAUAAGAUUGUACACGAUGAUGUUUUAGGAUAUAAUCCUAUAUAUAGUCGUGUAUAUUAUAAUAUUAGGAUUUUGGUUAGUCGCAGAAGUGAUCAAAAUUUCAAUUAUUAUUAGGCUCUAUGAUUAACAAUCAAGUAAUAAUCAUAUACUUGAUUAAUCAGAUAAAAAGCUAAGCCUGUGAGAACUAAGCGCUAGAUUUAAGUGCACAAAAGUUAUUAACAGUUCUUUCAAUGAACCAAAAUUAUGUAAUAAUUAUCUUUAAUAUCAUAAAAUCUUAUGAUAUUAAAGAUAAUUAUUACAUAAUUUUGUUUCAUUGAACUAUUGUUAAUAUUCGUACACUUUAACUCAGCACUUCGCUCUCACAAGUCAGUUUCUUCUUAUGCAAAAAUAAUCGUAAUGAAUUCGAUCGCAGUUUCGCGUUUAAUUAUACCGAGAGAUGUAUUAAUUUGAGUCGUCUCUUUUGAUACGUAAUAAGCGGAGUUUGAUUGAACAAGUUCAAUUUCUGUGAAUCUCUUCCGAAGGAGAGAUUUCGCAUCCGCGAAUGAUUGCCCGAUCGAAGCACUUCCUACAGUUCUCUCACCUGACUUUCUUGCGUCUCUCUUUCUUAGUCAUAUGCAGACUUAUUCCUGGCUGAGUACACACAAGAGUACGAAAUAGCACCCCAUGUUCCUUAUAGAAUUAUGUAUAAAAAUGAGAAAACUAAUAAUUCCAUAAUUAGUACAUUGUCGCUUCAACCGAUAAGAAACUAGAAGAAGUGCUCAAACGUUUUUCGAAAUCCCUUUUCGAAGCAAAUGCCAAAAGUACGAAAGAUAAAAAAUACAAAAAAAAGAAAGAAAGAAAAAAGUAUAGAACAAAAUGAUAUAUGCAACUCUAUUGUACAAACCGCAAUGAAAUACCUCGUUACUUGUUCACAGUGUAAAAUAGCAAAGCGAAUUGUACUAACUCUGUGAGUUACAACGAAAAUUGUCCUUCUGGUUCGUGAUUCACGCACUGAACGCCUAUCUUUUGGCCUUACUUUUUUAUACACACGAAAAUCUGCUGUGAGAGGGCGAGGUGAAACGAUUGAUUCGCAAACUAACAAUAAUCGUUCACUCGUUGCUGCCCGUUUCGGCGUUUUAUACUGAUCGCUCGGAAUUAUAUGUCGCUGCGAAUUGGUAUACUUUCUGUUUCCUUUCAAGGAUAGUAUUAUUAUUCGUAGAUCAUAUUUUCACACAAAGCGUACGACUCGGUGAUUUGCGAUAUGUAUAUCGACGAAUUCAUGGAAAUCAAGGUGGAGACGCGAUCGCCGCGUUUACGAGGCUGCGUCGGAAAGGCUUCGGGAUCGACUAUACGGCGAGUCGAAAUUUUGAGAAAAUCACUCGUCAUUCGUCGUGUUUCAUUCUUAAAACAUCGCAAAAAUUAAUUAAAAAUUAAUUUAAAUUAACAUCAAAAAGUUGAGAAGUCUCUUGUAUGACUAAAAUUCGCAAUGUAGCUAAGGAUAACGUUACACACACAAGCAUGUGUCUCAAUGAUCAUUGAUUAUCAUUAAUAAAAUUAAUGAUUAUCUUCUUCUAAUGACGAUCAUCGAAACAGUGGAAUGUUUCCUAUGAUAUUGUCCUCGGUAAAACAAAGUGGAGUCGAGCGACAAAUUUCCCCUCGAAAUUUGAUCUCAUCGAAUCUCAGAUUCAAAAUCUUGCAAAGCUCUUCUCCGACACAGCCUGCAUAUUCGUCAUCCUACCGACACACGCGCAGAGUGUCCGUUACACGAUUUCGAUAUUAUUUUUGUACCUAAGUAAAUUCGCGAAACAUUACGUGAGCCCAGCGGUUAGAUUGCUCUGGACGAGCGUCAGUAAACUCCACGUGGGAGCGAAUUAUGUUACUAUCGUCGUUAUAUAACGGUUGUAUUUCGGUAAGAAAACCAUAAUAAGCGGGUGAAAAAAAUAUUAUAAUAGAGAAUUGAUUAUCAUGUUUACGAAUUCCGUGCUGUUUUUGUUACAGUAUGAACUGGAUCCUUGAAUAAAUUUCUCAAAACCCAAAA